AUCACUCAUCCAUGUUCUUCCCGUCUUUCCCAAACUUCCACCAGACGACGGUGAGGCCGACGGCCGCCAGCAGGACCAGGCUGCCGGUGAUCAGGUACGCUAUGGGCAAGAACUGGUUUGGACCGCCGAACCAGUUCAGCGUGGUCAGGACCACCUGCUUUCUGCCUCGGAAGUACUGCACGGGGAAGUCUGGAGGGAAGGGUCGAGUGUCAAGGCAGCAAAUCAAAUGAUCAUGACACCGAAGAAAUGCAUCCUGCUUGUGAAAGUCUGCAAGCUCAAUGGAAUCAAGUGGAAUCCAGGAAACACGACUUACAGUCUUGCAUCCACCCAAUUCCUAACACCGCCAGGCAUCGCAAGAUCCUCAUUCCGAUGAAUAACGGGAAAGACGAGCGAUGCAAGUGUGAGAGACAACGUGGGAGAGGAGACCUUUCCCGUGAUGAUAUGUUGUUCCUGCUCAGUGUUCUGGAGGGAGAACUUCAGGCGAGAGAUGAAGUCAUUGCAGUGCUGAAAUCAGAGAGGACCGACUCUGCUCUACUGAAGACCCACUAUGGUUUUAUUGGACUACAGGGGGCGCUACGUUCCCUGCAUGGAGACUCGCUGCAGUCACAACAACAGGACCGCUCACAGGAUGUGUGCAAAACAGCUAGUGCUGAGCUUACUAAUGUUAUACGGUCCCAGAAAAGGUCAAACAAGUGGAUGGAGCAGCAGCUUCUCGGGGUAUCAAAGGCUUACCGAGAUGCUGUUAGCAGGAGUGAGGAGCAGCUUAGAAGCCACCGGAAUUUCGUAGAAAAGAGGAAGCGCUUUGUAGCAUUACUGGAGGAGGACCGAGAAAGGUUAGUCGGUGCAUCACGUCACUAAGUGCGUCAUUAAGACAUACAGAAUUAGGCAAAACACAAAUACAUUUCUGAAACCCUUUGUGGAUCGUGG